UGAAGCUCAAGCCACAGAAUGUCCGCAAAGGAGCCACGCAAACCAAAUCCAGUGCUAAAGGCCAAUUUUCUAUCCAAGUGGUUUUUUAUCUGGUCACGUGAGAUUCUGCAUAAGGGCCAUGGCAAGUCGAUUGAUCCUAAGGAUUUAUACGCACACGUUCCCAGCCUGGAUAGUACGGAGCUAUCACAUUAUCUGUUAGGCUACUGGGAGCGCGAGCUGAAGUCUCCGCGGCCGAAUGUGCUACGCAUGAUCUUCAAGGCAUAUGGCAAGAGUUUUGUGCCCAUUUGCAUACUUUACUCUCUGGUGGAGAUAUCCUUGCACACUAUGCAACCUCUGCUGCUGGGCAGGCUGGUGUCCUUCUUCUCGGAGGGCAAUGACAACGAGUCUAUAAAGGCCGCCUACUUGUACGCGAUGGGCGUGGUCCUGUGCUCGCUCAUCAAAGCUUUGUGCUAUCAUCCAUUCAUGUUUCAUCUGUUCGGGCUGGGCGCUCGCAUACGCCUGGCCUGCGCUGGCCUGGUCUACAGGAAAUGCCUGCGUGUCUCCGUAGCGGCUGAUAACAGCGGUAUGAGCGGCUAUGCCAUUGCCAUCAUGGCCACCGACCUGCCCCAGUUCAACGAGACGUUCUACUACUUUCACGAGCUGUGGAAGGGGCCGUUGGAGGGCUUGAUCUUUGGCUAUAUUAUCUACCAGGUGAUUGGCUGGUCUGCCUUGGUGGGCAUGGCCGCCAUAAUACUCUUCAUACCGCUUCAGGUGUGGGCGGCAAAGGCAACGGCGCGCUUUAGACGCCUCUCGGCGGAAUACGGCGACGAGCGCGUCAAGCUAAUGAACGAGAUCAUAUCGGCGAUGCAGGUGAUCAAAAUGUAUGCCUGGGAGAAGUCCUUUGGCAAGCUAAUUGCACGCGUGCGCAAAAAAGAGAUGGGUGCCAUACGCGGCUCCAUGUACGUCUAUGCGGCGCUGCAGUGCACCGACAUGAUCUCGAAGCUCUCACUCUUUCUGUGCUUGGUCACCUAUGUCUUCACUGGCAACAUUGUGACUGCCCAGAAGGUGUUCAUAGUGUCCAGCUAUUAUGAUCAUCUCAAUCAGUCGCUGCUGCAUCUAUGGCCCAUGGCCAUUAACUCCUGGGCAGAGACUUAUGUGGUUGCUCGACGACUGCUGGACUUUCUGCUGCAGCAGGAGGAUCCCGCCGAUGGUGGCGUAGCGAACUUUAACGAUGUCGAUGAUGACCUGCAGCACGGCAACUAUUUUGGACGCAUGCACAAUCCCCUGGCCAUGCGAAAGAGCGUCACACUGCAUGAGCUAACGGCUAGCUGGGAUCCACCCAACCAGGAGAAGCGCCAGCGGCACAUAGAGAACAUCACCUUUCAGAUCGAGGAGCAGCAAUUCGUUGGCAUUGUGGGCACCGUGGGUUCCGGCAAGAGCACGCUGCUGGCUGCUCUGCUUGGCGAGCUGGACAUCAUCAGCGGCAGCGUGGAGCUGAAUGGAGUCAUUAGCUAUGCGCCGCAAGAGCCCUGGCUGAAUCGUUGCAGUCUGCGCGAGAACAUCAUAUUCAUGGAGCCGUACGAUGAUCAGCGUUACAAGGAUGUGUUGCGGGUCUGCCUGCUUGACAAGGACAUUGAUCAGCUGCCGCAUGGUGAUGCCACCAUUGUGGGUGAAUCCGGCGCCAGUUUGAGUGGCGGCCAGAAGGCGAGAGUCAGUCUGGCACGCGCCGUUUAUCGCAAGGCGGAUAUAUACUUGCUGGACGACCCGCUCUCAGCCGUGGACACUCAUGUGAGCCGGCAGCUUCUGCAGCUUUGCCUAAAAGAGUUUCUCAGCGACAAGAUACGCAUUCUGGUCACGCAUCGUGUGCCUCUGCUGCGCCAUGCCGAUCACAUGGUGCUCAUGGAAGGCGGACGUGCCUCCAUUCAAGGCCGUUACGAGUCGCUCAAGAAGCUCAUCCACUCCCGCAUGUCCGUAGCCAACGAUAGCGAGGUGGCCAAACUGCAUGCCGUUCGGGCCGACAGCAUCUAUGAGGAGGUGCCGCCACAUGAGCAGCUCUCCCAGCAGCAGCUGCAAAUGCAGCUGGACGAGCACGCAGAACACUACAAGGAGCAGCAGCACCAAGGAUCCGUCAAGUUCAGCACUUACAAGCAAUAUUUUGCGGUGCUGGGUCUGCCCCUGGUGGUGUUGCUCAUCUUUGUCCUGUUUCUGCUGGCGCGUGCCUUUGAGGCCAGCAUGGACAUCUUUCUGUCCAAAUGGGCCACCUGGGAGGAAACGGAGCCGGACGAUACGGAGCCAGAAAUCGAACGCCGCAGAAUACGCACUCGCUUGGUUAUCCUCUAUGCCGUGCUAAUUGUGAGCACCUUGAUUAUGUACGUGGUGCGCACCUUUGGCUUCUUCAUGAUGUCCCUGCGCAUUUCGUUGCGCCUACACAACUCUCUCUUUCGGGGCAUCAUACGCGCCAGCAUGCAGUUCUUCAGGCUGGCCACCUCGGGACGCAUACUCAAUCGCUUCUCCAGCGACAUUUUGUCCAUUGACAUCACCUUGCCGCAGGCCUUGAUGGACUCCUGGGAGUUCCUUGUCAAUGGCUUGGCAGUGAUUGUCGUCGUUAGCACUGCCAACUAUUGGCUGUUGAUUCCAGCUCUUCUCAUGAUUACCCUGCUCUAUUUAGCCCGCCGUCUCUACAUAGGUGCCAGCAGAAGCCUCAAGCGCAUCGAGAUUAUUUCUCGCAGCCCCAUUUACUCGUACACGAACACCACGUUUAAAGGCCUGACCACCAUACGAGCUUUGAGCGCCACCAAGCGUCUGGAGCGUGGCUUCCAUAGCUAUCAAAAUGAGAACACCUCGGCCGUUUAUUUGCACGCGAGCAUCAAUAAGGCCUUUGCUUUCUGGACAGAUCUUAUCUGUGUGGUGUAUAUUCUGGUGGUUACAUUCAGCUUUCUGGUAAUCGAUCGCAGCUUCUACAGCGGAGACGUGGGUUUGGCCAUAACGCAGUCGAUGACCCUGGGCAUCAUAUGUCAGUGGGGCAUGAGGCAGACCGUCGAACUGGAGAACCAGAUGACCAGCAUAGAGCGUGUGCUGGAAUACGUGCAGAUACCGCCAGAGCCCGCCUACGAGACGGAGGCAGCUAUCAAUCUGCCUGCGAGAUGGCCCAGUGCGGGCCAGCUGCAUUUUGACGAUCUGCGCUUACGCUACAGCGAACACGGCCAUUAUGUGCUGAAGGGUCUAAGCUUCACCAUACACCCCAAGGAGAAGGUGGGCAUUGUGGGUCGCACAGGUGCUGGCAAAUCCUCCGUUGUGCAGGCGAUCUUUCGCCUGGCGCUCAACGAGGGACUCAUCGAGAUCGAUGGCUAUGAUAUUGCCAAGUUGGGUCUGCAGGAUUUGCGUAGUCGCAUCUCGAUUAUACCACAGGAUCCGGUUCUCUUUUCGGGCACGCUGCGCUACAAUUUGGAUCCGUUCGAGCAACAGAUGGACGAGGAACUGUGGCAGGCGCUGGACGCCGUCAAGCUGAAGACAUUCGUGACGGCCCUUAAAGGCGGCCUCAGCUACAGACUGCACGACGGAGGCGCCAACUUCAGCAUGGGUCAGCGCCAACUAAUUUGCCUGGCCCGCGCCAUACUGAGGCACAAUACAAUACUCAUCAUGGACGAGGCAACGGCUAAUGUGGACCCCGACACGGACCAGCUCAUCCAGGAAGCCAUACACACAAAGUUCGCCAACUGCACGGUGCUGACGAUUGCGCAUCGCCUGCAUACGGUUAUGGAUUCGGAUCGGGUACUGGUCAUGGAUCGAGGUCGAGUCGUGGAGCUGGGUCAUCCGCACGAGCUACUGCAGCAGCGCAAUGGAUAUCUCUACCGGUUUGUGGAGAAGACGGGCGCGGGCAGUGCCAAGCAUUUGCGCUACGUCGCCGAGCAGAGCUACUACAAGCGGGUGAUCAGCAAACGCUUGCCGGGCGAGCAGCCGGAACUGGAGCCGGAGGGCAGGCUGAGCGUAUUUCGGGGCACCACACUAUAA